UCCACAACCAACAAUAUAUGCAGUUGAAAUAGUGCAAUUAUAUUCUAUAAAUAACAAAUUACGUGUUAAAUUUCAAAAGUGUAAAAUAACAAAAAUAACAAUUGCAACAGAAAGGGCAAAACUUUACUUUCAUCA